UUAUUAUUUGGGAAAACAUUCCCGAGUAUUAUGAAAUAUAUGUCACACAGUAAUACUAAAUAGUAAAUAUCCUAUUUUAUAUUUAGAGCUUGAAGAAAUUUAGAACUUAAAACCUUCCAAUACAGUAGUGAAAAAGCAACUGAAGUAAGUUCUAAGUCACUAUGGCUUCAUCAACACCAAAGCAUCAUGUUUCAAGUAUGAGAAAAAGAUUAAGUACCCCAUAUGCAAGACAACUUAGUGCCAGUUUCAAAUCUCCAGUUAUGAAAUCAAAUAAAGAGACUCCUAAACAAACUUCAAUUCUCACUCUUGAGGAAAUGCAAGAACAGAUUUCGUUGUUGGAAGAAAGAAACCAAGAACUUGAUAUGGAAAUAGAAUUACUUCAGUCACAGGGAUUCAGAAUAGAGGAACUACAAUGGCACAUCGACAAACUUCAUGAAUACAAUGAAAUUAAAGAUGCUGCUCAGUGUGUAUUAGGCCAACUUGCCUCGUUAGAUGGCGCUACAGUCAAGGAACUACACGAAAGGUACGGUUUGACUAUGGACGAUUAGUAUUGUUUAUAACGAAGUUCUAUGAAUAUUUUUAAGUUAUGAAAUUUUAUUUCUUGUUACUUGUUUUCCGAAUGACAUUGUUUUUGAAUAAAAAUACACGUGCUAUAAACGCCUAUGAAUUGUGGGUUAUCAUCUAUAGAAUUACAAGAUUUUUAUGACAUAACAAUUACUUAUGCCUAGUUAGACCGAGAGAUAAAGUGAUGUGCGGUAAUUAAUGGAUCGAUUUUUUUUAUUCUGUUGAGGCCUGGCGAUAAUGGUAUUUGUCUCGCAGUCUGCAGGAUCGAAACCCUUUGCUAAACGUGUUCACCCUUUCAGCAAUGGAAGCAUUAUAAUUUGAGGGUCAAUCCCACUGACACAGGAUAAUAUUCAGAAAGUUCUCCUUGUUGUUCGUGAUGACCUCUGGUGUAACAAGUGCUUGGAAGACAUUAUCUCAAGGUUGAACUUGCUUCCUCAGUCCUCUGAAGGACCUGGCAUGGCCUUGUGGUUAAGACGCUCGUCCUUUCAGCUGUGGGGGCGUUAUAAUGUGUCGGUGAAUCUUUCUAU